GCUUUUUUUAGUAUGUGUUUAUUUAGGAAAUUCACAAAAUAUGGUAACACUUACUUCUUUACUGCAACGUUCUCCUUUACUUACUCAGUUUUGUUAUGAUCAGUGUUUGACCAGGAUAUUUUUGGCGUUUGAUUUGCUGAAUAUUUCAUCAAAGUUAUAAAAUGUUAAAACAACAUGUUUUGGUGGAGUUAAAGCAAUUCAUUCAAGCAGUAACGAACCAUAAUGGCAAUCCUAAGAAGCUUCCAAAUAGCUCUUUGCUGCGAAGUUGUUUUCGCCUGCUUGAGGACUUGCCGGCUGCACGCGAGAUUAUCUUGGAAUAUUUCUCGAUUGUUGCUGAAGUAGCAGUACAAAAUUAUUUGGCUAAUGCAAAUGUAGACUAUACCACUGGACUACCAAUACGACAGGGUAAACAAGGGGCGGGUCCCAGUUCGAGUAACAAUGCUACGACACAGCUAGCGGUUAUAGAGGACAGUAACUGGGCAGCAGUACAAGAGGCGCUUGAAAAUUUAGUUGUCAAAGGACCCCCAGCUUGGGGUCCCGUGAUUGCUUCGUGGAGUCUUGAUCUUGUAGGAAAGUUAUCAGACAGGUAUACCAAACGAAAGAUGUCUAUUAUAGCUGCAUGUAAUUAUUGGCUCAAUUGCGGUGCAAUGCGCGGUUUACUUACGUUAAUAAGUUUGAGUUUUCGUAAACUUACCAAUAGUGAGAAAGAGACUUGUGUAGAAACUUUAUUGGGUGCUUUUCAACGUUAUUCACUUAGUUUUGAUUGGGUCGUAGCGCGUCUAGGCGGUUGCUUUCCCUUAAGCAUUAUAUCACAUAUUUUGCAAUGCAGCCUCAAACGUUUUGCUGACGAUUAUCGCUGUCGCUUCGACUCUGAACUAGGUAUUUUAGAUUACUUAUCAUUCGCGCAUGAACAGGAGCUUAAGCAAGCUUUGACUGAGCUCCUGAAAGAUGGUUUUAAUCCAAAAAAAAGUUUAGAUGCCUGUAUCAUACCAUUUCUAUUGCUGAUGGCUACAUAUGCGGAUGCAUUACUGCAAAACCUGGUGAUUGUGUUUCUUGAAAUAUAUAGUGAUGAUCUACGCAAUACUAUAAUACAGAAAACCCCCCUUUGGAUGAGCAACAAGGUGUUUGCAGAGAUGCAACCAUCGCUUAACAGUCUGACAUUGCGUUUAAAAUCAAAUGGUGCUCAUCUGCUUAUCGCAGUGUCACAAAUGGCAGAACAGUACACUUGGUGUCAGGAUUUCCUCGAAUAUAAUCUGCAAGAUCUGGAACAAGUAGUACUAAAUGCAACAGUUUGCCCGCUAAUGAAUGACCUGGCGACCGAAGACUCGAAAUAUUUGCUUUGGAAGAAUUGUUUGAGCGCAAAUAUCUUUCAACAGCAAACUGCUGUGCGUCUCCUGUUGAUUGUUUCUACACAACAUUCACAUAUUUACUAUCAGACGAUAUCGGAAUUACUACGCAAGUCAUAUGUGACAAAUCCCAAUGGUUUGGGUGCCGUCAUACGUAUAAUUGGUGGUCAAAGUGGUGUAGUUGAAUUUCCAUGCAUUAAGCCAGGUUUACAAAUGGUGCUGGAAGAUGUGCUGCUUCAGGAACAAUUCAAACACACACGUUUAAUAACCAGUGACCAGUCAGAGGCGCUUAACACAUUCAAAAAUCUUAACACGCUAACAAAAAUGCAAAAGAAGAACUCAUUUCAAUAUAUGAAGCAAAACCUGCUGCCAAAUGUGCUCAACGAUUGUUUACCGAAAAUUUUACAAAUUCUGGAAGUCACGCUAACUAAAGUGAUUCUACACAUGAAUAAAUUAGCCGAAGCAAACAGCGCGAAGGCAAUUAAAGUGGCACAAAAUAUCAAAAAUGUUAGUAACAGCGAAAUUGGUAGUGAUAACAAAAAAGUAAAAUAUGCCGCGGCGGAUGCUGAAGUGGAGGCAAUGGAUGUGGAAAAUACAGAUGAGGAUACCAAGCUCAUAGUAGGCAUACCGCUGCAUGAUUCCGACGAAAGCGAAGAAGAAGAAAAUGAUGCCGGCCGGCGUAUUUUAGCACACACUAUCAUAGACUUGCUCAACACAAUUGAUGUUGGCUUGAAAGGCACGGUGAUCCGCACCACAGAGAUAUUAAAGCUGUCAAUUUUAAGCGUAAAGUAUUUCUUCUUGGCACUCACCGAAAAAAGUUCAAUAUCUCGUUCGGCUGCAGUGAAUCGUGCUUACUUGCUGCUGACGCGGCAAUGCGUUGCACGCAAGGCGGCGCGUACUGCUUGUAUACGCGAGUUAGUAGAGGGUGCACUUUUCUAUUAUGGCUAUUUAUUCGGUCAGUAUGAAGAACCAGAAGUGGAUCAGCUGGAAAUACCAGAGCAUGAAAUGGUUUUGCUACAAAAUCAACGACAUAGUUUAGGGCCAAAUGCCAAUCGUACCGUGCUGCAUACGGGUGUGAUUGGGCGCGGUUUGCGACCUGAUUUGGCCACAAAGCAGCAAAAAGUGUGUCCAACUGAAAUGCAAACGUUGUUGCUCAAAGCGUUAGAUGCUUGCUGCACGGUGGCAGAUAAACAAAAUUCCGUCGAGGGUUACUCCAUGAUAUCGCUAUUGCUGGUCGAAAUGGUCUCAACGGAUGUCAUGUACAAUGGUCUGCCCUUUCCGGAUGAAGAGUUCACCAAAGUGACAAUGGAACGUGAUCUGAUGAUACGUCGCGCAUUUACCACAUCUCCAGUGCUUUGGGCGUUGUUGGGCUUUAUAGCAGCGCAUAGACCGGCGCUGUGCUUUUCAUCUGUGCUUCUGCGUGCCAUGUGUGCCACCUGUUUGCAUCAGUGGCGCGCAAAAAAUGUUAACAAAUUCCAACCUUUCGAUCCCAACGACGAACUUAUGCGUUGUACGCAAAAACUAUUGCAGUUGCUGGCAAUGGGACAGUUACUGCCGCCACCACUUUCCAAUCUACACGUAAUCAUCAAACACUUUGAACCACCAGAGAUUGCCUUGCUGUUGAAGGAGUGCAUUUGGAAUUACUUAAAAGAUCACGUGCCCUCACCGGCACUCUUCCAUGUCGACAACAACGAGCUGCAUUGGCGUAAUCCGCAUAUGUCCAAAAUUCCGCCGCAAUAUGUCGAUACACUGCGCAAUUUAAUGCAGAAAAAGCUGACGAAAUUGGGUGAACAUUAUUACCAAAUGUUCAUUAUGCCCGAGUUGAAUGAGGCGCAUGUGGGUCAAGUUGGCCCGGUGGAUUUAAUGGCAAAUAAGACGGAGUUAUAAAACUUUUCACAUUCAUAAUUAUACCAUAUGCAAUAAAAUAAGAAACAGCUUUUCAUUUACAACAAA